AUGGCUUGGUCAUCGCCCGAUAGCUGGGCGACGCGCAUGUUCUCGGGAGAUCCAUGGGUCAUACUGAUUGCAUUCUUGACGACACUCGCCUUGCCAGCGUUGCUGCAUCUCUACUUCUACACCACAUCUGCACGUGUGGCACAUACGCCGACGAUCGUGCUGUUGGGCCCCGCCAACAGCGGCAAGACUGCUCUCUUGACUUUGCUACAGCAACGGUCCGGCAAGCGCGAACGACCUGAGGCAUCCCCCACCCGAGCCUCGCAGGUGCCAACCACAACGAGACUCCUACUUCCUUCCUCCGUUCCUCUCGGCUCCAACAAGUACCGAUCGAAGAAUGAUGCCUCGUUGAAGGACCACGAGAAGAACCGCGUGGCAUACAACAUCAUCGAUACUCCUGGUCACGGCAAGCUGCGGGAGGAGCAAGCACUUGCACAGCUGCAAGAUCCUGCCGUUCGAGGUCUUAUCUUCGUAGUCGAUGCUGGAGCACUGGAUCGCAACAACCCGGAGACGCUGACUGAGCCUGCGUCGUAUCUGCAUGACGCCCUCCUUGCUCUCCAGCUAAGGAAGACAGGCAAGGGAGGAAGCAGUGUGAAAACAGAUGUUCGGGUUCUUAUCGCCGCGAACAAGCAAGACCUAUUCACAGCCACGCCUCCCGAGAAGGUCAAGGAGAUCCUACAGACCGAGCUUGAGCGUGUGAAGGAGUCGAGAAGACGAGGCAUCAGUACAGUCGGCAAAGAGGUUGACGACGAUGAUGACAAUGUACUCGGUGGUGCUGGUGAGGACAAGUUCAGCUUCGAGGCGAUGCGAGAAGAGUAUGGUAUUGUAAUCGAUGUCAUCGGUGGGUCGGUGAGGACCGCGGAGCCCGGUGUCGGGAAGUGGGAGGAGUGGAUUGGAGGUCUACUGUGA